CCUUCGGCAGGUAAAACUAUUAAAUGUAUAAUCAACUUAUUCAGCUCUGACGUGUGUUUUGCCAGCUGGAACCCAGUUUCUGUGAAGUCGUAAACAGGACGUUUGUGACAUGCCGCACAUCUGUUUACGGCCCGUGGAGUUGAGCUACGCCGCGUCGAUUCCGUCGGUAUCAGCUGCGGAUUCUCUCUCUGCCCGCCGGGAAGCUGAAACUUUUUUUGUGUGUUUUCUGGUUGCUAUGGGUGGAGCAAACAAAGCCGAGAGACGAGAGUCCUCCUCAGCUCAGCGCCUCCUCUUCCUACAUUAUUAUUUUCACCCCACGCUUACGUCUGGGACCCGAGUUCCGCAUUCCUGAGCCUGACGUUCGGUACUUAAACGAGCUGAUGCAACGACCUCUGUUCAGUCCUCAAACCCGGCCGACUCCCGAGCUCCUCCGGCCCGUCGCAUCACAGCGUUCACAGCCUCUGCGGGUUUUUUGGACGCACUACGGCGUCUCAACAGAGUUCAUCAUUGAUAGAAGACGACUAACAAGUUUCCUCUGACGGCAGCGGAGGACAUGAUGCCGGGACAGAUACCCGACCCUUCACUGGCGGCGGGCUCCCUGCCCAGCCUGGGCCCGCUGGCGGGCAUCUCGGCCACCACGCUCACAGAUCAGCUGAAGCUGGCAGACCUCCAUCAGCUGAGCACCGUCAUCUCGCCGCUGCACUUCCUGGGGAGGUUUGGGAAGAGGCCGCUCAGCAUCAAGACCGAGAUGGAUGAAGAUGAAGAGAGAAGAAAACGAAGGCGAGAGAAAAACAAGGUUGCAGCAGCCCGGUGCCGAAACAAAAAGAAGGAACGUACCGACUUCCUUCAAAGGGAGUCGGAGCGUCUGGAGAUGGUGAACUCUGAGCUGAAGGCCCAGAUCGAGGAGCUCCGCCUGGAGAGGCAGCAGCUGAUGGUGAUGCUCAACCUCCACAGGCCCACCUGCAUAGUGCGGACCGACAGCGUCAAAACGCCCGAGAGCGAGGCCAACCCGCUGCUGGAGCAGCUGGCCACCGAAACCAAAUGAAACCCGAAGACUUGAAGUCUUUAAAGCCUGACCCAGGACUGCUGCGGCCGCCGUUUGAACAAACACUUUAACUGGCAACAUGAUUCUGAACAAGCACUUGAGCUCCACGCUUGGAGACUUUUAGCCCAAAGAUCUGAGGUUGUGGGGUCUGCUUCAGCACUGCUACAUGAGCUGGCUCUGUCCUACAGGAGACUGGAAACGCCUACUGUGCCUGCCCCGGUUGUUACGUCCACCGUCUCCACAUAAAGGGACCAAUAGAAGCAGGAGGUACGAGUGGAGGCGCAGCCCUGAGGAAACACUAACAGCGUCACGGUGCUCUGUUACCAAAAACCAUUGUGCGGAGGCUCACAAAAUAAAAAGCAUUGUGCAGUUUUCCUACGUAUGCUAGUCAAAAUCUACAGGUGUAGAGUUUUAGGUUACAAUCCUCAAUGCAAACACCAGACGGGGUACAGUUUGUUGUUGUUUUUUAAGUUCCUGUCUCGACGACGGCAGUUACCGGUUGAUCCGAUUUGUGACGCAGGCGUCCUGAAAAGCACAUAUUCACAAAAUGUUUACACCCUUUGUUUUUUUUUAUUUUUGAACGUGUCUGUUCAUUAUUGUACUUGUUUUAUACCGCUUUGUAUACAUAAAUGUAUGAAUUACUUGUUAAUCACUUGAUGUGAUUCGUCUUUAUUUCCGAUCCGUGGCGUCGCGCUGUCAAACAGCUGUGAAAACGGAAACCUUUUCAGCUGAGCAGUGUUUCUGUCUGUUCUGCACCUGUAUCCAUGUACGAGCUCGCAUAUCCUGAAUAGAUUAAAUUUUAUUUUCUAACUAAAAAGGA